AUGUGGGGCAAUGGAUUACAACCCACUAUUGUCCAAGAAGAAUUAAUUAACUUUUCAUCUUCUUAUGAAUCUAUAGCAAAGUCAUUGGAAGGAGAAUAUGCAUGUGGAUCAGAACUGUCAGAUGUGUUUGAUGAAAAUAUUGAUAAACAAUUAAACGUGGAGUCUGAAUCACCACCAAAAAAGUUAAAUACAAAUUCAAUUUGUAAAAAAUGCAUACCAUGUGUUAUGAAAUUGCUAUACAAGUACAAUUUUCAUACAUCUGCAUUUACCAAUUUAUACUCGGUAUACAAGUAUAUUUUAACACUUUCAUGCACCCAAGUGCAUUGUGAACGGUCCUUUUCAAAAUUAAAAAUUAUUAAAACAAGACUUAGGUCGUCAUUGAGUCAAGAACUAUUAGAGCCACUUCUAUUAAUCAGUAUUGAAAGUGACAAAAUUCCUGAUAUACAAGAAAUAAUAACCUGUUAUGCAAAUUCCUCUUUAGAAUUACAAAAAUUACUCUUGUACUAA